GUGCUUUGGAGUGGAGCAGCGUCGUCGUGACCGAGGUUUCUGCCCUCUUUCAUUUACGGAUAUAACACUAUCUUAACCCACGAUAUCGCCUGCUCUUUCGGGGGCAGUUCGGCCCAUGGAACUAUGCUCGGAUAUAUCAUCGUGUUGUCGUCGCCCCAACUGCAAAUACAACAUCAGCUAAUCCUCCAAAUAAAAACCGAUCAUCUGAAUACCUAACCUGCCUGUCUCAGCCUUAAAAAGCGAUUCAAUUAAAAUUGCAUCUAACUUUAAAUUACUGACCAAGUAGUGAGUGUGUGUGUGUGUGUUAUGUCUGUAAAUUUGGUUCGUUGUCUUUGCCCGUAAUACACCACAAACACCACACCACAACACACCCCGCCUGAAGCUAACGAUCAUGCAUAAACCAAAGCUAGCGAAUGCUAUAACCGCUGCUGCCAUUGCCUCAUCCAUAUCCACCAACAAAAGCAACAACAACAGCCGCCUCAGCAGCCUCAGUAGUAGCAGCAGCAGCAGCAGCAGCAGCAGCAGCGGCAUCGGCAUCAGCAUUGGCGGAAAGUCGAAGCGGGCACGUCAGUUCGAUAAGCCCGGAGGAGGCGUUCUCCGGCCGGACGACUCCGGCUUCGACCAUCUCGACCUCGACCACUCGUCACUAAUUGGGGAUUCGAUUGAUUUAGAGCACUACAUCAGCGCCAUGGAGGCCCGACGGCACCAGGACCAGGAACCGGAUGUCUGGGCCCAGUUGCAGCAAAAGGAGUCGGACAUCCUGCUGGCCGCCGAACUGGGCAAGGCCCUGCUGGAGAAGAACGAGGAGCUGGUCAAGCAGCAGGAGAAGCUAAUCGAGGACUAUUCAUCCAAAAUUGAGAAACUCGAGCAGGAGAAGCAUGUGCUGCGCCAGAAACUGUCGAUCGCCGAGGACGAGAGCGACCAGCGUGUCCUCGAGCUGCAGUCCGAUCUCAACGAGCUCAAGGAUAAGCUGCACACCCAGGACACGGCUAUCCGGCAGGCGGAAAAGGAGAAGACCAUCCUCAUCGAUGAGCUGCAGCACCAGAACACACGGCUCACCGAGCAAAUCCAGGAGGCUCAUGCCACGGAGCUCAAGCUCAGCGCACAGAUCCAGGAGCUAAAGGACCAGUACCACUACAGAAAUAGCAGUCUACAGGAACAUGUCAACAGCCUGGAGUCCAUCAAGACAGAACUCAAUCUCACCACGGGCAAGAGACAGGAGCUAGAGCGCCGUCUGCAGCACGCCCAGGAGGAGAAGGAGAGCCUGACCUCCUCCCUGGAGGAAGCCUCCGACAGAAUCCACAUGCUGGAGCGCCACGCCCGCGAGCAGGAAACAAAAUUAGAGACCACCUUACAGGCAUUGGAGCGCUCUCAGCGGGAAAAUAAUGUACUCAGUGAACGAUUGGGGGCCGACACAAAUUCGAGCACCCCAGGGAAAAAGAGUCUGCAGUUCGAGAUGGAAUGCGACGAGGACGAUGGCAGCUAUACGGAAACGGGGAAGCCCAACCACAUGUGGAUAGAGGCUAGGUCCGUCUACAUACAACUCAAGUCCCUGGUGGACUCCUUGAAAGUGAGCCACGACGAUGACUCAGGUCUCAACUCGGACAUAUCUCUAGAACUAGAGUCGAUGGACAACACAAUUUCCAGUUCGGAGCGCAAUGAGGACGGUCAUCCGGCCAUUGAGUUCCGCCAGGGCAUGCUCUCGUCCAUGUCCGAUGAGCUGACCAGGCUGCUACUCAACCUGGACGCCGGAAACUUCAAGAAGAUGCUCGACCAGACCCGCAACCUUGUCCUGGAGCAGGAGGAUGAGAUCAAACGCAGCCACCAACUGAUCCAGCAGCUGGAGGCAAAGGUCACAGUGACGGACGUAGAGCUGCAGAACGUAAAGGAGGAGCGCGACCAAGCCCGGGGCGAUCUGGAGGACAACACCGACCGGGACGAGCUGCUGUCCAAGGCGCAGACGGAGCGGGAUGCGGCCAACGAGCGGCGCACCAAGGCGGAGGUGGAGCUGGCCAAGACGCGCGUGGAGCUGAUGCAGGCCAACAGCCAGCUGCUGGAGUCGAUCCAGCAGAAGGUGGAGCUGUCCCAACAGCUGGAGCAGUGGCAGAUGGACAUGCAGGAGCUGAUCGACGAGCAGAUGCGCUCCAAGCUGAUCAACAACCGGCGAGCCCUGGCCACCGAGUCGACCAACCCUCCGCCCAGCAGCGCCGCCGCCAACCUGGCCAAGCGUGUCUCCAGCUACAAGCUCUGGAGCUUAUUUCAGCGGUAAUUGGACGAACCUCACGCCGCGCUGGAAGGUGUACGCCACCCUCCUGUUCUUAAUGUAGGAAGGGAAUCUACAAUACGAGUAUAUAUUUUUAGUAUUUAUACACCCCCCACACACACAAAAAUCAGAGAGUCUAGGCUAAGGAUUGUACUUAAUUGUUAUCUGUAUACUGAAGCAUCGCCCUUAUUCUGUUCGUAGUGAAAUCUAUCUAAUUACGCUUUAUUAAUUUUAAACACUUACCGCAUAUUCGAUAUGAUUAUUGUACCUAUUGUAAUUAAUGUAACAGUAACCAUACUUGUACCUAUGUUUAAACACAAAUCUUAAAAGCUCGCGCUUGAACCCCUUAUGCAUAUAUUUCUCAAUUAAGUUUGUCCAAAAUUUUCUCUUAAAAUCUCCCAUUAUGGACUCGAUAAGUAACCACAAACCAGCGGAGAAAUCCGACAGAGUUACUUAUUGUGUCCGUUUGGGUAAUAAUUGUUAAAUAAUAAUUCAAAAAACAUAUCGCGCCUUUUUGUUGGCGGCUUUAAAAGCCUCCACUUCUCGUAAAAAAAACUGUUGCGAUUCAUCAAAAUCAAAAUAAAAAUUAAAAUGAAAAUGAAAAUCAAAAUCUGUACGUAAGCAAGUGUAAUGUGUAAGCAAAGCAUUUAUGUUAUAGAAAAUAAAAAAGAUAUAUAUUAUUCAUCAUGCUGGCAAUCGAUAGGAGCGCAGUACAUGUUGAAAACUGUGCAACAGACAAAACUUGCCUUAAUGAACGGACAAUGAAAUUUUAGAUUGUUUAAACAACAUAACAUACCAAUAAAAUUUUAAAAACCUCACA